AUGGAUGUUCAUAAUACACCACAAACAGAUCAAUUACAAACUGAUCAAGUUCAAAAUAGUGCUGGUAUUUAUAGCGGAAGAACACCUUUUCCUUUAUUGUUUUCUCCAUUACAGUUUUAUAUUUUAGGUGGUUUUGUUUGGACAGUCGAUAAUAUGCAGCGUUUGCGACGAUUUCUCUGUCUCGGAUCCGAAGGCGGUACCUACUACAUUGGUGAAAAAGAAUUGGGUAUUGAAAACGCAAAAGGCGUAUUGGAAUUAAUAAACGAGGGACGUGGAGAGGAUGUAGUAGCUGAAGUAAAAAAAUUCUCUUUAGAAGGUAGAACAUCAAAACAGAAUCCGAUCAUGUUCGUACUGGCAUUAUGUGCAAAAUCUAAUAAUCUUCCAACCAAGCAAGCCGCUUACAAAGUGUUAGGUGAUGUUUGUCGUAUACCAACUCAUUUAUUUAUGUUUAUCAAAUAUGCACAUGCACUUGGACAAGGUUGGGGACGUGCACAACGAAACGCAGUAUCAGCCUGGUAUACAACACAAGAUCCAAGUAAAUUGGCAAUGGCAGUGACAAAGUAUCAAAGUAGAGAGGGUUACACACACCGAGAUGUUCUUCGAUUGUCUCAUCCCAAAACGACUAAUCCACUACUAAAAUUCCUAUUCGUCUAUAUCACAAAAGGAUUAGAAAAGGCAAUUGAAUCCUUAGAAACGUCAUCAUCAACAACUGAAGCUACAGUUGAAACGAAGACGGUCGACAAUAGUGAUGCAUCAAAAAAUGCAACAAGACAAAUUGUUAAUGGAUUGGACGAGGAAGCAAAUACAAAAAUAACAACGAUAACUGAAUUACAAGUAUUUUUAGCAGCUGUUGAAAAGGCUAAAACAUCGACAAAUGAACAAGAAUUAGUUGAAUCGAUUAGAAAAUUUCAUUUGGUGCGUGAACAUAUGCCCACAACCAUUUUGGGUUCAGUUGCAAUAUGGUCAGCAUUGUUAGAAAAAAUGCCAAUGACAGCAAUGAUACGUAAUCUAGGAAAAAUGUCUGAAAUUAAUUUGUUAAAAGAAAAUAGUCAAGCUGAGAAACAAAUCGUCGAACGUUUAAACGAUCAACAACAACUUCGUCGUGCACGUAUUCAUCCAUUUAACUUGUUAGUGGCAUUAGAAACAUAUAAAAGAGGCGAAGGUAUCAAAGGAAAAUUGAAAUGGAACGUGAAUGAAAUGGUGAAACAAGCAUUAGAAAGUGCAUUCUAUUCAUCAUUUAAAUUUGUUGAACCAACAAAUAAACGUUUUUGUUUGGGAUUAGAUGUCAGUGGCUCAAUGGCAGGUGCAAUGAUAAACGGUAGUCCAACGAUAAAUGCAGCUGUUGGUUCUUGUGCAAUGUGUAUGGUUACAGUCAGAACCGAACCGUAUACGAAAGUUGUUGAUCAAAGUUUAGAAACAGUAAUGGAUGUAACUCGCAAGAUUUCUAUGGGUAAUACAGAUUGUGCAUUACCAAUGAUGUGGGCAAUUGAUCAUAAAGAGGAUAUUGAUAUUUUUAUUGUUUAUACGGAUAAUGAAACUUGGUAUGGAGAAAUUCAUCCAAGCGGGGCGUUAAAAAAAUAUCGAAUAAAAAUGAAUAAACCACAGGCAAAAUUGAUUGUUUGCGGAAUGGCAUCGAAUAAAUUUACCAUUGCCGAUCCCAACGAUGGUGGAAUGUUGGAUAUAGUGGGAUUUGAUUCGGCUGCACCACAGAUUAUCAGCCAAUUUUCUCUUGGACUUCUCUAA